AAGCUCUUUUUAUUUCGUAUAUAUAAAAAGUAUCUGGCAAUAUUUUUCCGUGAAUUACACGAUUUUCAAAGUACGGCGUAGUUGGAGUGUUUCAUUAACGUCUUUCCAUUAAUUGUGCAUCGAAAGAUCAGGUAAGGAACACACGCCUUUUAAGCACUUAUAGAACCACAUUAUUUGAUCGCUGCGGGUUUGAAUCGUAGCGGAUUUGGCUAGCUAGUGACGAUCCAGCUUUAUCGAAUCAAAGGAUACAAUGGUGUUUGAAAGCAUUGUCGCAGAUGUGCUGAAUCGUUUUGUAGGAGAAUAUGUAGAGAAUUUGGACAAAAAACAGCUUAAGAUCGGCAUCUGGGGUGGUGAUGUUGUACUCAACAACCUCAUACUCAAGCAAAGCGCCCUUAAAGAACUUGAUUUGCCAGUCACGACAUUGUACGGGCAUCUGGGAAAGCUCAUUCUAAAGAUUCCUUGGAAAAAUCUUUAUAGUGCUCCAGUGGAGGCGAUUAUAGAAAAAUUAUACGUUUUGGCUGUUCCUAACACGGACAUUCGAUUCAAUGAGGAAAAAGAGCAACGGAAUAGUUUUGAAGAAAAAAAAUCAGAGCUUUUAAGAAUAGAAUUGGCUAGGAAAAAUGAAAAGGAACAGGAUAAAGAGAACCAAGUACCGGACAGGUCGUUUGCGGAAAAGUUAACAGCACAAAUCGUAAAUAAUGUACAGAUAAAAAUUUCCGACAUACAUAUUCGAUAUGAAGACGCCACGACUAUAGGUCAACCUUUCGCAUUCGGUGUUACGCUUAGUGAUCUUACCGUUCACACCACUGACGAAAACUGGAUCCAGACACUUGUGACGGACUCUGUUACCAAGGUAUAUAAAAUGGCUCAAAUGGAAAUGCUAGCGGUGUACUUGAACUGUAACACGCAGCUGUUCCAGCAUUAUGACAUAUCUAAUUAUGAGACAUUAUUUGAAGAAUCAAUUGCUUCAAAGUCACGUUUCAAACCGCCCGAACAUCAGUACAUCUUUGGUCCGAUAAGUUCUAGUGCGUUUUUGGAAAUGACGCCAAACCCAGAAUUAACCGAAAUUCCUUUUUCAUCGCCGAAAAUCAAACUCAAACUCUGUAUGGAAACCCUUGCCAUAGGAAUAACUCAAAUUCAAUUCCAAAAAACGAUGCAACUCGUAGAAGCUUUCGGUCGAAUGAUGCGGGCAUUGCCUUACAGAAAGUAUCGCCCAUAUGGCAUUGGAUAUAAAGGUAAUUUUACCGAAUGGUGGCACUUUGCUUACACUUGCAUACUAGAAACAGUUGUACGUAGAAAAAGAACCAAUUGGUCGUGGAACCACAUGUUGCAGCAUAGACAAACUUUGAGAAAAUACGAAGAAGCUUAUCGCCAACAGCUAACUGCCAAGAAGGUAACCGCAGACAUGCUAAGCCGUUGUGAGGAGUUUGAAAAGAUUUUAGAUCUACACAACAUCGUGGUGGUGCGGCAGAAAGUAACAUUAGAAGUCGAGAAAGAGGGUAUGCGACAACGAGCGGAAGAGCAAAAAUCGACAGGUUGGUUUAGUUCAUGGUGGGGUGGGGCCUCCAAAAAACAAGAAACAUCGGCUGGCGUCGAUAUCAAAAAACAGUUUGAAGCCGCUAUGACCGCAACAGAGAAAGCUAAACUUUUUCAAGCGAUCGGGUACCAGGAAAAUGAUAUUCCAACAGAACUUCCAGAGCAUUACAUAUCCCAGAUCCUUCAGUUUGAACUUAGGUCAUUAGAAGUCUCGAUUAAAUCGAAUGUGUUGCAAGAGAAUAAAUCUGUUCAUCGGAUUAUGCUUCUACAAUUGAAAAAUGUUGCUUUCAACGUCGAACAGCGUCCUUCUGCAGCUGCAAUCAAAGCAACGCUCGGAAUGCAAGAGCUUACUAUUUCUGGUCUUAAGCAAUCGGAUCACUUGCCCAUAAUGGUGAAAUCGCAGCUAAAUGGUUCACAAUCAUUGCUUGAUGUUUCUUUCGAAACAAAUCCUAUAGAUAAACAAUGCGACCAGCGUGUUGUGGUUAAGUCAAGACCCUUACAAAUUGUUUACGAUGCGGAAACAAUCAUUCAAUUAGCAAAUGUAUUUCAAACUCCCCGAACGGCAACAAUUUCACAACUGACAGAUGCGGCAGCAGAAAAGUUGGUCAAUAUUAAAGAACGGUCUGCAACUGGUUUGCAGUAUGCAAUAGCAAAACAUCCACGUUUGGAACUAAACGUUGAAAUUAUGCCAAGCUACAUAAUUGUGCCUCAUGGAGGUUUUUUUUCGGCAGAAACAUCUGUGUUCGUUCUAAGUCUUGGAAAGCUGAUUAUAAAGACGGAACCGCGCCCACUUAGUCGUAGGGAUGUACAUACAAUGCACAGCGAAGGUAUAGGCCAAGAUGAAAUAUUAUCUGAAAUUAUACGCCAGAGCUACGACAAAUUUAUUCUUGAAGUACGAGACGUGCAAGCAAUAGUAUCUUCUUUUGAUGAAGAUUGGUUUGAGUCGUUAAGUAUGAACAUCGUAACCGAGAUGCAUGUUUUGGAACCAACAUCCUUUUGCAUUUCGGCACAUUUAUGCGUUAUUGAUGAUGAUCCACGCUUACCAAAAUGUAAGAUAUUUGGUAUUCUUCCAUCACUCAAUAUUAGCGUUACCGAACAGCGCGUCUUGGAAGCAUUAUCCAUCUUUACUAGUAUUCCGUUACCAGAAAAUAGUGAACAAAUCCAACCUGCACCGAUAACCAAAGAUUCAAAUAUGUUCAGUUCCAGUUUGUCGUUGUUGAAAUAUUUAGAUGAAAAACAAUCUAAAUUGCCGAAGAUUCAACGUUCCUUCGAAUCGUCUACAACGUCCGAUGUAGUCGAUGGUGUAGUAGUACAGUUUAUUGAUUUGGAAGUUAAAUUCGAAUUACAUGAGUUUUCUCUAACUAUUUGUAAGUCUGGUGGAGGCGGAACUGGAACUAGUUCAUCGGAUGUAUUUGCGACACCAACUGAAGAGUUUUCGCAGUCUCCAAUCGAACAUCAAGAACCAAAACCAGUUGCCUUGAAUCUCCAGUAUGUUGGAUCAACUCGCUCAAAUCCGCAAAAAAUUAUGGCUUUCAAAGUCAGACAUUUAGAAAUGGUAAUGGUACAACGUACAUACGAUCUUAAGGUGAAUGUAAAACUUGGAGCAAUAAGCCUGGAUCAAUUCCGAUCGAACAAUGGACCUGAGGUUAUUUUGAACGUUAUUCAAACGCCAACGUAUGAUUCGUGUGAUGAUUAUUUAUUCACCGUGAAUUACACCAAUUGUAAAAGAAUCAGCCCUGAAUUUAUAAUCAAGUAUGAAUCCGUUGAACAGAAUAUUGAAAUCGGAUUUUCUACUCUACUGCUGUUACUUCAUGAAGAGGGGCUGAACGAAUUGAUUCAUUUCGCAAACGAAUUUCAGUUGCGUAUGGAGAGUUUGACUAAAAAAUCAAAUAAUGACAAUACCAAUAAACAGCAAAAGGAUCGUAUUGCAACAACUCACGGAGAAGAUAGUGCUGCCACGGUUCUCAUAAAUGCUGCUAGAGAGAGGCUACCAACAAUUUCAGAAGAUAGUACAGUAGGUGCUUCUAACACCUAUAGUAAAGCGGUAUCUCGAAAACGCCUGUCAAUUGUAGAUAGCAUCAAAGUCAGAGUGGUGUCAAGAUUGUUGGAUGUCACUGUGGAACUACAAAAUGAUAAACGUUCUUUGGCGGUGUUAAAAUUCAAAAAUCUUACCAAUAGUAUCAUUAUGAAGACAUCGUACACUGAAAUUCAACUAAGACUGGAAAACAUUGUCCUUACUGAUACCAAUCCUGAAACGAUACACAAUAACAUACUUUCCAUAAUAGGCGAUGAUGCUUUAUGUGUGCAAGUGGUAAUAUUUAAUCUUGACGCUACGUCCGAUUAUAACUCGGAUAAUAUGAAAAUUGAAAUCGCCAUGGGUUGCGCAAGAAUAGUAUUUCUUAAUUGGUUUGUCACAUCUGUAUUAGCAUUCCUGGAUAACUUUCAGUUAGCUCAACAACGUAUCAAAGACGCAAGUGCAGCAGCUGCUGAAGCCGCUAGAAACAAUGUUGUGGAGGCUUAUACCCAAGCUACUCGCAUGAAGUUAAAUAUUAAAGUAAAAGCACCUAUCAUCAUCAUACCCGUAGAUUCAAAAAGCUUAAAUGCGAUAGCAAUGGAUUUCGGUCAUCUGAGUAUUAGUAAUAAUUUCCGUGACAUUGAACUGGAUAAUCAUCAUGACGUUGCGGUAAUCGAUGAAAUGAAGAUAGAAUUAAAAGAUAUGAAACUGGCCAAGGUGGAUGUGUGUUGUACAAAGCAAACAAAUGCUUCAUUCCCGGGAAAAGUGGUUAGUUAUGACUUCAUUCCUGAGCAAAUUUCUGUAUUAAGCCCAACGAGUUUUACAUUGAUUAUGAAACGAAAUUUGUCUUCUGGUUGGUAUCGUGCACUUCCAGACUUGGAUAUUUCCGGACGAUUGAAUACAAUAGAGCUUAAUUUUGUGGCUACCGAUUACUCCGUAAUGAUGCAGAUUAUAUCAAAGAAUAUGACAGAAGGGAAAGAUGAAUUUGAAAAAAAAAACAGCAUGGAAAAGUAUCCGACAAGCUUUCAAGCUAAACCAAAUUGGUCAUCUGUAGCCAAAAAAGCCACCACCAAACCAUUUGGUGUAGAUAUCACUCAGCUCAUAACACCAGAUAAUAAAACUACCGGAAAGCCCUUGGAACCUGGUAAAAUUGAAACAACUCUAAAAUUUAACUUUCAAAUUGAAAGUAUAACUAUAAAACUUUUCACUGCACCCGGACAAGGUUUAGCCGUUUUCGAAAUCUAUUAUUUAUCACUAUAUGGAAGAAAGCUCACAGAUGAUAGCUUGAAUACAACAAUUAUACUGUGUGAUAUAAGACUCGAUGAUAUUCGACCAAACCGAGAAAAUAUGCUGACAAGGUUAAUGGAACGGAGAACUAACGAAACAUCGGAAAAUACUGAGAAUCAAAAACAGAUUGAUAUGGCUGCUUAUUCGUCGAUGGGCUCGCAUCGUUCAAUGAUAAACAUUACUCUUAUCAUGAAAAAGAAUGAUGUGUUUGCAGAUAUUCUUGUUUCAAGCUUCACUUUGAUUCUAUCAGCGGAAUUUUUGCUUAAAAUUCAGCAAUUUCUUCAACCAGAUGAGUUAAAUAACCGAAAACCGAUUAAUGACACCGAUCAAAUAGAACGUUGCAGACGUCCUAGUACAUCAGCACAAACGUAUAAUGCUAUGCAGAAUACUGGACAAUUUACUGUGAAAGUGAAAAUCGAACAACCUGAUAUAAUACUGGUGGAAAAGAUGGACGAUAUCAACUGUUACGCGCUGAUACUUAAUAAUGAAAUUUUCCUAAAUGUGCGUCUCAUCGGAGAACGACAAAUUUUGCAAGGCGAACUUAAAGAUUUAUGUCUGUAUUAUGCAGAAUUUAAUCCCGAACGACGAAACUCAACAAAGCACUAUGUCGUACGUCCAUGCUCCAUAAGUAUAAAUGGAUCUACUCCGGAAGGCCUCGGACUACAUCUUAGCAUUAACUCUACAGACAUUGAACUUUCUGUUUCACCAGCUAUAAUUGAAUUGAUGAACAAUGCAUUGCAAACGCUAGUCAGUAAAGAUCAGGUUCAUUCAAACGAAAUCGGUUACACAUACGAUUGGGAGUCGAUAUGGCUUGUCAAAGAAUACAAUCCUGACGAAUUCUGGUUUAUUCAGCCAGAGUUGGCACAAGAUGCAUUAAGCCUAGAAUCAGUUGGUAUCAUGGAUACGAAAGCAGAAAAAUGUUUAAUUGACAUACCUUCGAUUGCAUUAAUCGUGGAAACUGGCAUAGGUACCAAUACAAUCCCAAUGCUUUAUAUUGAAACUAGUUUGCAAGGAUCUAUUGCGAAUUGGAGCUCAGAAAUGAAAAUCGACAGCUCUUUAAGAUUAAGCAUGUCGUACUAUAAUCAAGCACUUGCUUUGUGGGAAUACGUUAUUGAGCCAAAUCUCAUAGAAAAUUCUAACGGUGUAAGUCAAUACGAUGCGUGGGAAUUAACAUUCACUAUGGAAGUGGAGUGUCAUGAGGAUCGUACACGUGAACAAACUACAAAAAUGAAAAUUGCGUCAAAAGACAAUCUCGAAAUGACAGUAACAAAAACUUGUCUCGAAGUAGUACAAAAUCUCGGUAAGGCUUUCUCAGAAGCUAUCAAACGGGACGGAAUUAUCAAACCAGAUAUCGAAGCUCCUUACGUGUUACGGAAUGAUACUGGAGAGAUUGUGAAAGUGAAUUUCAUUUCAUGUGAUUUCCAUAUGCAUCGUUCGCAUUUCUCUUCACUUCAUUCUGAUGAUCUAAUUCAAUUUAACCAAUCCGUAAAAGAAGAACACUUAAUAGACAAUUGCAUAGUAAUGCCGGGCGGACAGUUAAGUUUGCAGCCAAAACAAUAUUAUAGUGAACGCAAAAUCUUAACGGUAUUGGAUGACAAAGAUACAAGCAAACGAAUGUUUGUUAAAGUAAGCAUUGGUGGUACAGACAAAGAAUUAACGUUACCAGUUUAUAAAUCUGACAAACGAUAUUUCCCUUUGUUUCGAACGUCCGGACAAGAACCAUGGGGAAUAAUAUCUGAGGUUAAAAUCGAACAUGGUUGUACGAUAUUAGUAUUACGCAGUAUUGUACAAAUUUACAACCAUUUCACGGUACCCAUCGAUGUAUACCAGUUUAUCAGCAAUGAAAAAUAUCAUCUCGGAGAAGUUCGUGCAGGUGGAUUCCUAAAUGUUCCCCUGCAAUACCUGUACAUCGAUGCGAAAGAAUUGCACUUUUCAAUGAAAGGAUAUCAUUCUUCAGCACAAGGGUUAAGUUGGAGAGAGUCACCGAACAACUUAAAUCUCAUAAAAACUUUGCAAUGUGAUCCCAUCAAUACGUUUGAACCGUUUUAUAUUAAUGCGGUAAGAAAACGGGUUGACGUUUUUUAUGAAAUCACUUCUAACCAUACAAUGAUGAGCGCGUGCUACGAAAUUCAUUUGCGUCCUCCAUUCUUGCUGAGGAAUGCUUUGCCCAUCAAUUUAACUGUAUCGGUCGCCGGCUGCACAGUUCGUCGCCAGCAUGAAUCUGGAAUAGUUGACAGUAUAGAUAAUUUUUCACUGUCUCCUUCCGUAUCUGGGGAAGAUUUCUUAGAUUAUGGAGAAAAAAUAUUACGUCCUGGAGAAUUACUACACUUGCCUACCGUUAAAACAUCUGUACGCUCUAUAAAUGAAGCGUCAUAUAUCGUGGCCAGGCUUAUUGACUACUUGGAUAAAGAUUGGUCAAGUACCGCAGAAAUUCCCGCCCAACCCCCCGAGUUCGGAGUUUGGACAUUUAAUGCAUAUGAUUCAGAAGAAAUCAUGUCUAUACAAUUAGGCGUGAAGUACGAACACCAUUCUGACGGGUUGACUUUGACUAUUUACUGCCCAUUUUGGAUGCUUAAUAAAACAGGAUUAAUGCUAAGCUAUCGGGCAAACGAUGAAAAUACUAAUAUUCUGUAUCACCCCCCACAAUACGAGGGACCUAUUCUGUUUUCAUUCCGUGAGAAGGCAUUCUUCGGAAAGAAAAAGGCUGCAAUAAGGGUAGAUGCAGGCGAAUGGAGCGACAAAUUCUCUCUCGAUGUAGCUGGCUCAAGUGGAGUAGUGUUUUGUUUGGCUAACAAUAUGACAUACGAAAUUGGAGUGAACAAUACUCUCACACACAAUUCCCUCACAAAGCAGAUAAUAUUUAUGCCUUACUACGUGAUUAUCAACCGAUCUGUGUUUGAUAUUGAGGUUCAAGAGCAUCUACGCCCAGGAGAUCCAUUUACAAAAGUGCGCGUAAAUGAAUGUGUACCUCUUUGGCCAAGGAUGGAGGCGAGUCGAAUGCUCAUAGCAAAAAGUUGCGAUUGUCCUGAAAUAACAGCUCCAUUCAAGUACACAGAGGUGCAGUGCACACUGCUACAAUUGCGCAAUCGCUAUGGAGGCAUUAACGUGGACGUUCAUGUAACUGAAGGAGCAGUAUAUAUCACGUUUACCGGUUACUAUCCUGGAGAUGCACCUGCAUUGCUUAUGAAUCAUACAACAGAGCCUUUCGAAUUCAAAGAAAAAGGGGAUAUUAAUCCAAAACUAAUCAUGCCAAACCAAAUGGUGUUACACACAUGGUCCGAUCCUGCAGGAGAACGUAAAAUCAUGUGGGAGAGUGGAUCAAAAGCACAGAAUAUCGAGAAUGAUUUGCGUUGUGAUGGUAUCAGUGAAUUCAAAACAGCUGGAAAUAAUGUGGUCUAUUGGGUGUCGUUUCUGAAUGGAACGCAGCGUGUUUUGCUUAUAACAGACAAUUGUAACAUAGCCUAUGGUGUUCAUAGCGCCAGCCGUCUAGAUCAAGUAACACAAGAAGUAAAAGUGGAAAUACACGGCCUGGGACUGUCGCUUGUUAACAAUAUGAAAUGUGUAGACCUAAUGUACAUUGGUGUGGCAAGCUCUGGCGUAAUCUGGGAAGAACAGAAAAGAUCCGGUCGCUUUAAACAGAUGAAAAUACAAGAAACAAUUGAUAUAGAAAAUCUGUAUCAACAGUUCAUGCGCGACCAGGAAGUGGGAACAUCGGCAAGCAAAAAGUAUAUGCUUAGUGGCGAUUCUCGCCAAGAAGUAGAUUUCUUUGGUAUGGUCAUCCACAAAUCAACAAUAAGAUCGUUGAAACGUACCUUCUAUCCAGGACUUUGGGUAAAAAUAAAGUCAUCAAUCCAUCAACAACAGUUUCACGCAAAAUUGAAUCGAAUCCAGAUCGAUAAUCAACUGACGGACCACAUCUUCCCAGUUGUUCUUGCACCGGUUCCUCCACCAAAGAGUGUAGCUGCAACAACGGAGUUCAAACCAUUCGUAGAAAUGAGUGUAGUACAGCGAAUCAUCCCUCAUUCGAAUGUAAAACAAUUUAAAUAUCUGCGCAUAUUGAUGCAAGAAUUUCACGUUAAAGUUGAUUUGCCAUUUGUAAACGAAAUAUUUGACAUGAUCAGCGCUGAACAAUCUGAAAAUGAAUCGAAACAACUUUUUGCCGAAGAUUUAAAGUUGCAAACACAGCCUUUGAAUGCACAUGUUGCAAUCCAGUCACAACAGGAAGUGAAAAACUUCUAUGACAAUCUGCAUCUCGGACCACUAAAAAUACAUGUUAGCUUCUCCAUGGCUGGUUCCGAAUCGAAAGCUUUGCCUGGCAUCCUAUCGACUAUUCUUCAGGGCGUUGGUGUCACGCUCACUGACAUAAACGAUGUUGUUUUUCGACUAGCAUUCUUUGAGCGUGAAUUCAAAUUCCUUACACAGCAUCAGUUAAUCAGCGAGUGUGUUGCACAUUACAGUGGCCAGGCAUUAAAACAGCUAUACGUACUCGUUCUUGGUCUAGACGUGAUAGGCAAUCCAUAUGGACUGGUGGUGGGAUUUACGAAAGGAGUGGAAGAUUUAUUCUACGAGCCGUUUCAGGGAGCCAUUCAGGGUCCGGGAGAGUUUGCCGAGGGUUUGGUGCUUGGCGUGAGAUCAUUAUUCGGUCACACAGUUGGCGGUGCCGCAGGAGCAGUAUCGAAAAUCACCGGUGCUAUGGGUAAAGGAUUAGCAGCUCUGACGUUUGAUGACGAUUACCAGAGAAAACGCCGCGAUGCGCUGAAUAAAAAGCCAUCAUCGCUUCAGGAAGGGAUUGCGCGAAGUGGGAAAGGAUUGGUAAUGGGUGUAUUUGAUGGUGUAACGGGUGUUUUUACGAAACCUAUCAGCGGGGCCAAGGAAGAAGGAGUUGAAGGAUUCCUCAAAGGACUGGGAAAAGGUGCGGUAGGACUCGUGGCACGUCCAAUUGCAGGUGUAACCGAUUUUGCCAGCGGAAGUUUUGAUGCAGUGAAACGUGCCACUGAGUUGUCCGAUGAAACAAUAAGGCUUCGUCCUCCACGAUUUCUGCAUAAGGAUGGAAUUGUUCGACCAUAUAACCGUAAGGAAGCGGAAGGUUACAAGUUUUUGAGGGAAAUUGAUAAAGGGAAGUUUUGGGAGACGGAUACAUACGCAUACUAUGAAGUGAUAAUUGACAAUAAAGAUGUGAUCGUCUUGACAGACAACCGAAUUAUCUAUGCCAGUAAAAGCGAAAUGUUUGGUGGUUGGCAGUCGGGAUGGUCUCACAAAUGGAUCGAAGUGUUGGGCAUAUCAAUGCUCCCAGAUGGAAUCGAACUCUUGCUGCGUAAUCGGGAUAAUAAGUCGGCACUCAAGAAGAUGUUCAGCCCCUCCGGAGUCAACAAAAAAAUUCUUUUUAUUUCUGCAUCGUCGAAGCGUGCGCGUUUGGCAGAAGAAAUAACGCGGUUUAUUGUGAAAUUGAAUGUCUGAAAAAGCUUGUUAGCAUUGUCAAAAUUUGGUGAAAUGAACCUUAAAUGUUAUUUACUGUUUCUUGAUUUGUUUUUGUUUGUGCCUUGGAUUGGAAGUUUUUAUAAAAAAAAAUUUAAUCAACUUUAUUUAGUUACAACUUUUUAAAGCAUCAAUACAAACCAACUUUUAAAUUGUA